AUGAAUUCGAAGAAGUUUUGUGCGUGCGCCUGUUGUGGUGAUCGCCUUACUGCGAGCUGUCGACGCUCUCUGAAGGGAAAAUGUAUUCGACUUUUUGUUGCUGCACGUUUGUUCCCAACUUCUCUGCCGACUGAUGGCUACAUUUGUACGAAGUGCCGUUUUAUGUUUAAUCAAUGGACAGCUCUACCAGAAUUCUGCGAUGUGCUGACCACCAUCAACAAUAGCCAUCAAGCAGCAAAUGCCGUCACUGAUGUUGUCAGAGACGAAGAUGAAGACAAUGGCACUGAUCAGCUGAUUGAUGACACAUCAAGUGUGGCCGAUUCGAUGGACGAUGGAUCUAUUCGUGUUCAAACAGCGAAUGCAUCAUCCAGUGAUAGCGAAUCGAUCUAUGAUUCAGCUGUCACUAGUGAUCAAGUGGACGAUGCAGAAAUUAAUUCGGAUGAAAGUAGUGAAGCAAUGGAUACAAUCCCCUCAGAUGAAAAUAUCGAUGAACAAGGUAUCGAAAUUCCAAUUGAAGUUUCGGUCUUUUUAAAAAGUCAAUGUUGUGUUUGCAAAAAACAAAUUGUACCUCCAACGGUGACUAUUCUCGAAGCAGAUCGCACUGAAUUGUUCAUUCGACGCCACAUCGAAAUACCUGCAGGAUCUCGAUGCUGCACGCUACACACUGUGGGUAAACGCCUGAUACCUGAAGCGUUCCAGUCUCUGGUACCACGCAAAGCGCAAUAUCGACGUUUUUCUCCACAAACGCUUAUAAACCUCCUUAAAUCGUAUCGUACACGACUCAACAGUAACAAGCACCUUGAUUUUGACGAAUGCAUGUGCUUGACAGAUGCUGAUUACAUCAAACUGACUGGAUUUACUCGAGCUCAGCAUAUUUUAGUGGAUGUUUUACGAUCAUUUUGUAGCUUUUGA